ACAUGACUCAGAGCGUCACAGGCGGAAGGUCACCGAGCGGAGGAACGGAGCGGAAGCGGGACUCGAAGCCUGUCCGCCAUUGUGGAACAUGGCAAGGCAUAUUCCCGUAAAACGCUCGUCACUUUCACGCUGACUCGCUCGCCCACAUCUCCUCCGUAGGCGACAUUUGGAGAAAGAGGCCAUUUUUCCCAGGAAGGCGUCGUCGUGUGUUUUCCGGACUCGAGAGGAGAACCGCCGCUCGCGGAGGGAUCGUCCAGGCACCCGGAGAGCAGCGGCAGGAGAGCGGCUCAGAGCACAGAGAGAAACCGACGGAGAGGGCGCCGCCGACGGACAGUGUGCCGAGCAGCCCCGCUUCCUGGAGGAUGUCUGCCACCACAGUGGACCAGAGACCUAAAGGACAGGGAAAUAAAGUGCAAAACGGAUCAAUGCAUCAAAAGGAUGGAGUGAACGAUGAUGACUUUGAGCCUUACAUAAGCAGCCAGACAAAUCAGAGCAACAGCUACCCACCCAUGUCCGACCCCUACAUGCCCAGCUACUACACCCCAUCCAUCGGCUUCCCCUACUCCCUGGGAGAGGCUGCCUGGUCCACCGGAGGAGACCCCCCCAUGCCUUACCUAACCACCUACGGACAGAUGAGCAACGGCGAGCCGCACUUCAUCCCCGACGGCGUGUUCAGUCAGCCGGGCGCCCUGGGAAACACGCCGCCCUUUCUCGGCCAACACGGUUUCAACUUCUUCCCCGGCAACGCAGACUUUUCCACCUGGGGGACCAGCGUGUCCCAGGGUCAGUCCACGCAGAGCUCGGUCUACAGUAACAGUUACGGCUACGCGCCCAGCUCGCUGGGGCGGGCCAUCGCGGACGGACAGGCCGGCUUCGGCAGCGACACCCAGCUCAGCAAAGUACCGGUGUUGAACAGCAUCGAGCAAGGCAUGGCGGGCCUGAAACUGGGCACGGACAUGGUGGCAGCCGUCACCAAGACCGUGGGCUCGCCCUUAGGGGCCACCCCAGGUAUGAGCAGUAUGGCCGCCAAUAGCCUUCCGCCUUCUGUGAGCUCGUCUGUUGCGAAACCCUCCUCCUGGGCCGCCAUCGCCAAGAAGCCGGCCAAGCUGCAGGUCAAGGCCAAGCCCAAGGCCAACAUGGCGAUGGUGGGCGGCGCCGCCAUCCCUCCGCCCCCCAUAAAGCACAAUAUGAACAUCGGCACCUGGGAUGAUAAGGGCUCUCUGAGCAAGCCCCCAUUGGCUCAGACGAUGAUGGCCACGCCCCCUCUGGUGCAGCAGCCUCUUCUCGCUCAGCCCCCGGCCUUACUGCAGAACCCCCUGUCCCACCAGCCUCAGCACCAACACCAGCCCUUCCACCUCCAGUCCCUCCAGUCCCCGCAGCACCCUCAGUCCCUCCCUCCCGGACCCCCGCACCUGCACCUCUCCUCCCACCCCGGCCCCCCGCCAGCCCUCCAUCAGCCGCCGCCGGGCCCGCCUCCCAACCGCUGGGUGGCACCCAGGAACCGGGGCGACGUCUUCGGCCUGGGCAUGGGCGUGCCCAUGAACGCGUCGCUGUGCUCUGGAGAGGCGCACCCCGUGCUGGAGAAGCUGCGCGCCCUCAACAACUACAACCCCAAAGAGUUUGAGUGGAACUUGAAAAACGGCCGCGUUUUCAUCAUCAAGAGCUACUCGGAAGACGACAUCCACCGCUCCAUCAAGUACUCCAUCUGGUGCAGCACAGAACACGGCAACAAGCGGCUGGACGGCGCCUACCGCUCGCUGGGCGGCAAGGGGCCCCUCUUCCUGCUCUUCAGCGUCAACGGCAGCGGCCACUUCUGUGGCGUGGCCGAGAUGCGCUCGCUGGUGGACUACAACGCCUACGCCGGCGUCUGGUCUCAGGACAAGUGGAAGGGCAAGUUCGAGGUGAAGUGGGUCUUCAUCAAGGACGUGCCCAACAACCAGCUGCGGCACAUCCGGCUGGAGAACAAUGACAACAAGCCAGUGACCAACUCCAGGGACACGCAGGAAGUGCCUCUGGAGAAGGCCAAGCAAGUGCUGAAAAUCAUUGCCGCUUACAAGCACACCACCUCCAUCUUUGACGACUUUGCACAUUACGAGAAACGCCAGGAGGAGGAGGAGGCUUUGAGGAAGGUGAGAUGGAAGCACGAGCCGCUAGGGCUUUCCUAAAUAUCCCGUUUGCGUGUGGACCGGUAGAAAUGUACAAAGUAUUUAACCCCAUUUGACAACACCACAUGGAGUUCUUGAUUGACGGGUGUUCCUUGAUUAUGUGCGGCGGCAGAUGCUAACACACGCGGCGAUAGCGGAUGAUUGAUAUCGGCACGUUAAAAAAGCAACAUUGCAUAAUGAAUGAAUAAGUAGAGGAUGUAUGAACACCAAGUUGUGUACCCCCUUUGUUUGCCAUCUGUGGCUCCAACUGGGUCAAAGGUCAUUGAAACACUAACAAAAAAAAUGUGAGGGGAGUGAAUAAAAUCAACCUUUAAUCCAA